AUGGCGGCGGGGGUGGAAGCGGCGGCCGAGGUGGCGGCGACGGAGCCCAAGAUGGAGGAAGAGAGCGGGACGCCCGGCGUGCCGAGCGGCAAUGGGGCUCCGGCUCCGAAGAGCCCGGGACCCGGCCUCAGUUUCCCGACUCGUGAAGUGGUGGGGGUGGGGAGGGCCAUGCGCGCGGUCAAGUCCCGCCCCCCGCGUGCAGCCCCCCGAGCCGGGGCUCUGGUUGUCCUGGCGACGACUGACUUCCCGUGCGCUGCGCCUCCGCCGUGCGCCCCCGGGGGUUGCCUGGAGAGACGUGGGGUGCUGCCCCGUGGGAAGCAGGCGCGCGGUGAAGGAGAGCGGCCGGCUGUGCCCGAGAAGCGGAAGGAGAAAACCAUAAAACGGGGCGGCAGUCGCUUCGAGCCGUACGGCAACCCCUCCAAGAGAUACCGAGCCUUCAUCACGAACAUCCCUUUCGAUGUGAAGUGGCAGUCCCUGAAGGACCUGGUGAAAGAAAAAGUUGGUGAGGUAACGUACGUGGAGCUCUUAAUGGACGCAGAAGGAAAGUCAAGGGUAAGUGUCUUGAGAGAAUUUCUCCUGUGGAUUUACUACAUGACACAAAAUGUAACCGUGGCUCAGGAAGGCGGCCAGAGCGCUCACGUUCCAGUAGCCGUGUUGGAUUGUGGCCAGCACUCGAGCGGGGCGGGAGGGGGUUUGCCAGUUGUUGUGGAGUUCAAGCUGGAAGAGAGCAUGAAAAAAGCCGCCGAAGUCCUAAACAAGCAUAGUCUGAGCGGACGGCCGCUGAAGGUCAAGGAAGAUCCUGAUGGUGAGCAUGCCAGGAGAGCAAUGCAAAAGGCCGGAAGACUCGGAAGCACAGUAUUUGUAGCAAAUCUGGAUUAUAAAGUUGGCUGGAAGAAACUGAAGGAAGUGUUUAGCAUGGCCGGUGUGGUGGUCCGAGCCGACAUCCUGGAGGACAAAGAUGGGAAAAGUCGUGGCAUUGGCACUGUGACUUUUGAGCAGUCGAUCGAGGCCGUGCAAGCCAUCUCUAUGUUUAAUGGCCAGCUGCUGUUUGAUAGACCGAUGCACGUGAAAAUGGACGAGCGGGCCCUGCCAAAGGGAGAUUUCUUCCCUCCGGAGCGUCCGCAACAGCUGCCACAUGGACUCGGUGGUAUCGGCAUGGGGUUGGGACCAGGAGGGCAGCCUAUUGAUGCCAAUCACCUGAAUAAAGGCAUUGGCAUGGGAAACCUCGGGCCUGCAGGAAUAGGAAUGGAAGGCAUAGGAUUUGGAAUAAAUAAAAUGGGAGCCAUGGAGGGCCCCUUCGGCGGUGGCAUGGAAAACAUGGGGCGCUUCGGAUCUGGGGUGAACAUGGGAAGGAUCAACGAAAUCCUAAGUAAUGCUCUGAAGAGAGGAGAGAUCAUUGCAAAGCAGGGAGGAGGUGGAGGUGGAGGCAGUGUCCCGGGCAUCGAAAGAAUGGGCCCCGGCAUUGACCGCAUCGGGGGUGCUGGCAUGGAGCGCAUGGGCGCAGGCCUGGGCCACGGCAUGGAUCGUGUGGGCUCCGAGAUUGAGCGCAUGGGCCUAGUCAUGGACCGCAUGGGCUCCGUGGACCGCAUGGGCUCCGGCAUCGAACGCAUGGGCCCCUUGGGCCUCGAUCACAUGGCCUCCAGCAUCGAACGCAUGGGCCAGACCAUGGAGCGCAUCGGCUCUGGCGUGGAGCGCAUGGGCGCCGGCAUGGGCUUCGGCCUGGAGCGCAUGGCCGCACCCAUUGACCGUGUGGGCCAGACCAUUGAGCGUAUGGGCUCAGGCGUGGAGCGCAUGGGCCUGAGCAUGGAGCGCAUGGUGCCCGCGGGCAUGGGGGCCGGUCUGGAGCGCAUGGGCCCCGUGAUGGAUCGCAUGGCCACCGGCCUGGAGCGCAUGGGCACCAACAGCCUGGAGCGCAUGGGCCUGGAGCGCAUGGGCGCCAACAGCCUGGAGCGCAUGGGCCUGGAGCGCAUGGGCGCCAACAGCCUGGAGCGCAUGGGCCCAGCCCUGGGCGCUGGCAUCGAGCGCAUGGGCCUGGCCAUGGGUGGCGGUGGCGGUGCCAGUUUUGACCGCGCCAUUGAGAUGGAGCGUGGCAACUUUGGCGGAAGCUUCGCAGGCUCCUUUGGCGCUGGAGGCCACGCCCCUGGGGUGGCCAGGAAGGCCUGCCAGAUCUUUGUCAGAAAUGUGAGUCGCUUUGAGGGGCUCGUCGGGGGUGAGCGGUGCAGGCCCAGGGACGGAGUGUUGGGAUUCGAGGGUGGAUGCUGCCCCCCGGAAGGGGAGUGGGUGAUGAGGAGAGCUGGCCUCGUCGCUGGAGAUGGGGACGUGGGGGAGGAGUGUGGGAGCGCAGGGCACUCAGCAGCUGACUGGGUCCUGGUGCUGGACUUCUCCGGGGAGCUGCCCAGGCACUUCCUGCUUGGCUGCCCUGCAAGCCCUCUGCGGCAGGAGCACCGGUCCGGCCCUGUCUUCCCCCAGGCCGAGCUGCCGGGCAGACUUGUUUCCUGGAGAUUUGGAUCGCCUGAGUCAUGA